CCCGCAUCGGAUUGCGAUGCUAUGUAGGGCACUACACUGAGAGCCGGUACUGUCCCUUCGCCUAGCACUAGACGCGUGAAGUAACACGCCUGCUGUAACACAUUCAGCUCCAUUCUCCAUGGAAAUCAGCGAUGUGUUAUACCAGAUAGAUGACAAGAAGCAGUUUUUAUCAGAGGUGGAUGAAAUAGUAAACCAACGAGUUUCUUCCAAAGAGCAGCUGAAUCGACUUGUAGACAAUUUAAUUCGCUUUAUUUGUGCUUAUGGAGUCUCGUUCCUGACCUCGGAAGAACACCUGCUGGACUGCUGUCUGCAAAUACGCAAUUCUGCUACGUUUAAGGACAAUGUAGAUGUGUUUAGAAGUGCUUUAUUGGCAACGCUUUUCGCGUCUGAGAAUAUUUUUGGCUCGGAUUUUGUGCUUUAUUUUUUCCUUGUUGAUGCAUCGAAAGAUCCAGCAUGCUUGCACUUUUUGGCUGACAUGGGUUUCUUCCCUUUGCUCAUCGAUCACAUAGUGCGUAGAAUUAAGCUAAACAAGACGAAUGAGGAAUCCUCUUGUCCCUAUGGACUUUGUCUUUUAGUUCGUUUGUGCCGGACACAACGAAUCUCUAUGCCGGACUUAAAGAGUGUGUCUGAUUUCUUUAUGGAGGCGCUUUUUCUUGAAGUGGAUUUGGCCAAGGAAAAUGAAAUCGAGGACCAUUUCAUCUUGUGCAUCCUCGCGAUCCUCAGCUUAAACGAGCAGUUCAUGCUUGCCGGUCUACGCACCAAUGAAGAUCCCGGUUCUGUGAAUGGCCACGCCAAUAAGGUUAUGGCUGCCUUAAUGAAUCCAAACAUUGAUACCCGGUCGUAUGGUGAGGGCCUUGUGUUUACGCUGAAUCGCGAAAACGAUGUCCGAGUACAACUACUAAUCUUAAAACAAUUGUUUCUUAUUUUCACGACACCAGAGACGUAUGAGUACUUUUACACCAACGACUUGCACGUCCUCAUGGACGUAUGCAUUCGCGAACUUAAUAACUUAUCGCCCGAGUCCUCUGCACUGCAGUAUGCAUACCUGCAAGUGCUGUAUCCGAUGCUUGUGAAUUCACAAGUUCGUGAUCCUCCGCAUUACAAAACAGUUGACUUGGUGCAUACGCUUCAAGCCAUUGUGGAACCGAAUCCCAUGUCUUCACGGACUAUUCCACCCGCUACUGAAAAGGCGGUCGAGCAGGUUCUGUCGAUACCUUGGUUGCAACAAGCAAACUAAUCUCGUUGAUACCUUUAACCAGAAACAUUACGUUUCGUGCAUUAUGAACAUACCGGCAUUUCACUAAUCAUUCCGAGUUCUACCUAAUACCUUCAUCGAAAAUUCCCUUCGUCUUUAAUUUAAACUGCCUAAUGAAGGAUACGGCGGGUGAACAAACAUCAAGCUUCCCUCUCAUAAAUGCAUGUUGCGUUUGCUACUCCUCUUGCGUUUGGGUUCAUCAUCUCAUAAUUAUUCGUUUAUUACUCGGUGUUUCACUCACAAGCAUCGUUUGUUCAUAAUCAUCAGUUAAUCAGUCCUGAGUUGUAUCGUUCGUGGCGUUUGUGCUUUGCAAAGUUGUUCCAAAUGCAGACUCUUGAUCCGCUUGUUGAACACGGAAUUUGAGGAAAUAAUCCACCUGGUUGUCAGCGUUAAAUGUUCCAAAUAAGUUUGUUUGUUCUGUAUUGGAUGGGAAGCACAUGCUCCUCUUCUUGCACAUAACGAGCAGCCCUAGCAAAUUCUUACCCAAGCUUUCACACACGAUGUUUCGAAUCCUUCCUUUUGUGGACCACAUUUCUCAGCAGCCAACGCGUCGUCUUUCUUCGCGUUGAUAAUGUUGUUUUUGUCCAAACACUUGAAAUAUUCAUCUCGAGCCGUCCAACAACUUUCUCUAUCAGCUCGUUUUGGGGCCCUGAAUGGCUCUGUAGCUGGAGUAAUGUUGUUUUUAUCCGGAACAGUUGGUUCACUGGGUUUCGUUUCCAUGACAAAGUGUUUUGCUAUUCUUUCUGAAUCUCAACGGGAUCACGUUAACUGAACGAUUCUAACUUUGCUGUCUGAAAUAUCUCUUUGUGGGCAAUUUCUGGCACUCGGCUUGGAUAUACUGCUUUGCUUCUUUGACAUCCCGACCAGCAUCCCAAGUUGCCCAUGUAUCCCACAUACCCCACACCCCACAAGCAAAUGCUACUCUGUUCCUCUCCAACGAGUGGGAUUGUUCGAGGCUCUCUGUGUUUGAGCAAAGAACUGAAUUUUGCUCCUCACGCGUCAACUGUUGAGGUCAUGAUCCUGUUGUUUGCGACGUUCAUCAUUGACUCCGCAGCAAAACUGCUCGAGUCAGAAUAUCAAAGAUGACGUCAUCCCUUCCAUCGGCAAGCAUACGCUGUGAAGAUGUUUUUUUUCGCAUUCAUUCUUUAAAAGUGAAAGAUAUUACCGACGUUCUACCUCUCUAACGGUAGAGAACGAAGUUUUGGAUCUCUUUAUGGCAGUGGUUUUCUGUCUGGGGCUUGUUUUACGACAUGUGAUUUUCCCACUGAAAUGUCAGCAAAACAGUCUUGACUUCACACUUAGGUCAUGAUGAGAGCUUCUCGGUGCAGCAAAAGAUCAUAUAAGUGUGAUUAUGUCUGUGUGUAUAGACACUAAAACUAUUCUGCUCGUUUCUCUCUCUCUUAUUUCUGUCUUCGUUUCCAAAUCUAGUAUUUGACCGGUUUGUGGGACAAAGUCGUUCUUGCGGUUGUAUGA